AUGGCUGAAGACACCAUCCCCUCAACUAUGGCUCGCCCCGCCAUCCAGCGAGAUUUGAGUAGAUUUGGCUACAGCUCCUCGAGCGAUUCCGACGAACCGCCCCAGAAAACAAAAUCAACCACCACCAACAACAACAAUCAGAAGAAAAAGAAGAAGAGGAAGCCACCACCACAGCAGAGUAUCAACAAGAUUUGGAGACGCUUUGCAACGAAAAAGUCCACCAAGGCGCUUUCCGUCUUGCCCUUUGAUCCGGUCCCGCUGCCCAGCAACCCUGAAGGGCCCAAUGAACUGCUCUCGGCCGGCUACGAGCGGGCUAGGGAGGAGUGUUCGCGUAGAGUCAAGAAAAUUAUCCAAGAAUGCAAGCGAGUCAAUACUCGAUAUAGGGAUCCUGGCUUUGACUUGGAUUGGGACCUGAAGAUGGGCCGGGGCAAUUGCCUCAAUUAUCUAGGCUCUAGCAAGUUUGACAUGUUAAAUACUCGCUAUAGCACGACGACAUCCGUUCCCAAGGCGGUGAAGCGUGUCCACGAGAUCUUUGAAAAGCCCACGUUCCUGAAAGAUAUUGACGGGGCUGAUAUCAAACAAGGUGGCCUUGGCGAUUGCUGGUACAUUGCUGGUCUCAGUGCACUAGCGAACGUUGAAGAUGCCGUCAAGCGCGUCUGUGUCGAGUAUGACACUCGCAUCGGAAUCUACGGCUUCGUCUUUUAUAGGGAUGGUGAAUGGAUCUACUCAAUUAUCGACGACAAGCUCUAUCUCACCUCCCCGAAUUGGGAUUCUCCUAGCAUGCAGCGUGAUCUUAUGAACCAGAUUGACCGCGAAAGUCCUGAAAAGGAUUAUCGUAAGACCUACCAGACUGGCUCCAAGGCCCUCUUCUUCGGACAGUGCAAGAACCAGAGCGAGACAUGGGUGGCCUUGUUCGAAAAGGCCUAUGCUAAGGCUCAUGGUGACUUCGGUUCACUAGCUGGAGGCUGGAUUGGAGAAGCUCUCGAGGAUCUCACUGGCGGUGUUACCACUGAGCUUUUGGCUUCAGAUAUCUUGGACCUUGAUGAAUUCUGGGAGAAGGAGGUCAGCAAGGUCAACCAAGAGUUCCUCUUUGGCUGUUCUACUGGCCUUUUGGAUGGUGGUUAUGGGGAUCGGAAUGGUAUUCGUGAGGGUCAUGCAUACGUCGUCAUGGACGCCCGAACACUGAAGAGUGGUGAGAGACUGGUGAAGCUCCGAAACCCUUGGGGCAAGCUUCGAAAAGGUGUCUGGGAGGGACCCUGGUCUGACGGGUCCAAGGAGUGGAACCAGGAUGUCAAGGAGGAGCUUGGUCAUCAGUUUGGCAACGACUCUGUUUUCUGGAUACGAUUCGAAGACAUGGUAGAAAAGUAUCUGCACUUUGACCGCACUCGUCUCUUCCGGGAUGUCGACUGGCAGUGCUCACAGCGCUGGAUUGGUGUAGAGGUACCGUGGAAGCCACAGUGGAAUGAGAAGUUUCACUUCAAGCUGACUAAGGAAUCACCCCUUGUCCUUGUCCUUCAGCAGCUUGACAACCGCUACUUUAAGGGCCUUCGCGGACAGUACACCUUCCGCCUUCAUUUCCGUGUGCAUGAGCAAGGUCGGCCUGGCAGUGAGGACUACAUUGUUAGGUCUCAUGGCAACUAUCUGAUGAGCCGCUCGGUUGCUAUUGAGAUCCCCUCCAUGGAGCCGGGUGAUUAUUCGGUGUUUCUCAGCAUCAUCGCUGAAAGAGACACCGAGAUGCUCUCUGUUGAGGAUAUCGUAAAGCGUGAAUGCCGCAAGCGGGAAGAGAAUGAUAAGUUCGCCCAAGUCGGCUACGCAUACGAUUUGGCUCAUAGCAAGGGUGUUGCCCAUUUGGAGCAUGUUGCAAGACUUCGCAAAAAGUCAGAUCAAAAGAAAGCCAGCACGUCUCGCAUGGAGGAGCGCCGUAAGAUGUGGGAGAAGCGCCACCUCAACAGAGAAAUUACCAAGAAACAGUCUAAAAAGAACCAGGAGAAGCGAGACCGGCGACGAGAAGUCGAGGACACUAAGAGAAAAGCGAAAGAAGAGGCUGAAGAAGCAGAGAAGAAGAAGAAGCAGGAAGCGGAGGAGGUCGAGCGCAAGAAGGAAGAGGAAGAAAAACCCAAAGAUGCUGCUGUGCAAACAGAUACGCCAACGCGCGGCGAGGAUAAGAGCAGCCAAACAGGUGCUGGCGAAGCCGAUUCAUCCACCCAGUCGGACGAGGCUGACAGCAAAUCAAGUGCAGCUGAAAGCGAGAAAUCUGCGUCUACUGACGAGAAGAAGGAUGAGGAAAAGAACGACAAGGAUUCGACAUCGGCUACGGGCGAUGCUAACCAGCCUACAAAACCAGUAUCCGAGGUUACGCAGAAGAAAGUCGCAACACCGACUUAUUCGUCUGAUUGCGAUUCAUCUGAUAGCCCGGUUGAGGAUUGGGAGCUUCUCUACUCAUCAGAUGACAUGUCGAAGAAGCCUAGGAUGGCCACGCCUGCACCUGCGGCAACUGCUACCACAGAGGUAGUGGAGAGUGAUGGCGAAUCUGGCCUUCCAGACCCUUGGAAUGCUAUUUGCAUCGUUGGCUUCCGAGUUUAUUCCAAAGACGAAAACUUGGAUCUCCGCGUGGUCAUUGAAGGCGGUGAUCUCGCUGAGGGCGGUAUGGGUCAGAAGGGCGCCGCCGACAUUGACAACGCGCAGAUGAACGCAGGCGGCGAGCGUGAAGAGAAGAAAGCGGCGGACAAGGUCACUGACGAGUUUGAGAUCGUUGAUGGCAAUGCUGUAAGCAAGCAGAAGGUGGUGAUCGAAGAGGACAACAAAGGAGAUGAGAAGAAAGACGAUGAUCAGAAGGAGCAAGGGGAGGACAACAAGGAUGUAAAGGGCGAGGAUACACAACAGAAGACUGCUACUGUGGACGACGGCAACGUUGCCGAUACCGAAGACGACGCUGAUGAUAUGGAGGAUGACGAGGACGAUCUCGUGGACGCCGCCAAGUCGGACAUCACCGACUCGACAGACUCGACUCCCAUCAACACACCGGAUUCGAUGACGGAGUGUAGUCCCCAGUCGCGUCGUUAA